GAAGGCAGUGUCAGCAUGUUUCUGCUAUGGGCUUCACUGUUUCUUCUUCACCAAGGGCAUUGUUUGGUCCCAGUGGUCACGGUUCAACUUGGUGAUCCUGUGACUUUGUCUUGUGCUUUUUCGGAGAAAUUUCAAAGCACCGCAUGGCUUCACUGGUACAAACAGAGUGCAGGAGAUACUCUGAAAUUCAUUGUGUUGCAGCAGAAAAGCAUAAAGCCCAAUUUUGAACGAAAUGUGUCUACCUCAAGAAUAGCGGCAACAUAUGAUAAUAAAGUCAGCAAUCUAACCAUUCGGAAGACAGUUCUGCAAGAUGAAGGAAUGUAUCACUGUGCUCACAUGGACUGGACUGUAUCUACUUGGACUGGGACUUAUUUAUCAGUAAAAGCAAACUCCAGGAGGACUUUGAGCUACACUGUUCUCCAGAACCCAGUUUCUGAUCCCGCCCGUCCAACAGACUCAGAGACGCUGCAGUGUUCAGUCAUCUCUGAGUCUGAGAGCAAAGCCUGUUCAGGAGAACCCAGUGUGUUCUGGUUCAGGUCCGGAUCAGAACAGUCCUAUCCACAAAUCAUCCAUUCUACUGACAAAGGACUCCGUGACUGUGAGAACACGACAUCAAACACUCUAAAGAAAUGUAGUUACAGCUUUUAUAAGAACUUCAGCUCUUCUGACACGGGGACAUUUUACUGCGCUGUGGCAACAUGUGGAGAGAUAUUAUUUGGAAAUGGAAUUAAAACAGCAGAUCAGUCAGCAAGUCCUAAAGUCAAUGUGCUGAUGAUUAUAAUAAUCUGCUUAGCAAUCUCUGUAACUAUAAAUAUUGGUUUUAUCUGCCACCAAACUCGAAGAUCAUGGUGUGGAAAUUUUAAAGCAAAACAGAAUGAGAAUCAACUGGAUAAUAUUACGGUAAACGGACAGGACCUGAACUACGCUGCCUUACAUUUUGACGGAAAGAAAACAUCAAGAGGAAAAAUAAAACAGCUGAAAACUGAAGACAGCGUGUAUUCACAGGUUAAAUGUGAUGAAAUUAGGAAGUAGCACCAUGUUUAUAUGAACAAAUGUAGAUUCAAACUAAUUCUCUGUGAGUAAUUAAGACUAUCAUAAUUGUGGUUCUGUAAUGUCUUAUUUAAUGUUUGGAACAAGCUCAAACUGCCCUGAUGUGGAAUGAAGUUUCUCAUACUUUCUUAUGUAAAUAUAUCUGUUUCUGCUCAAAUUACAAUUUUUAAAAAGAUUAAAAAUUUAAAACAUUAUUGCAAUGUAAUUGGAACUUGUCAAUAAACUGC